AGCUGUUCAUUGGGAAAGACACCUUACUUCAGAAUUUUCAUAGAAUAGAGAAUAAAUUGAAGAAACAGAAUGAAGCCUGCAAUUACUUCGUGGGCCGAUGAGGUGGAAGCUGACUAUGUGGAUGGAUUGCCGCCAUCCAAGGAAUAUGUGGAGGGUGACUACAAACAUGUCACCGAGUACAAGUUUAACGAAGAGGGCAAGAAGAUUAAAGUUGUGCGCAGCUUUAAGAUUGAGAAGAAGGUUGUCUCGAGGGCCGUGGCUAAGCGUCGUAAUUGGGUGAAGUUCGGCGACUCGAAGCAGGAUAAACCAGGGCCUAAUUCAUACACCACAAAGGUAGCUGACGAGAUCCUUAUGAAUUACAUAGGGUCCAAGGACUUUGAGCAGACCCAGGAUCCGCUGCUGGAGGCGGGCAAGCCAAUGGCCAAGUGUCGCAUCUGCAAUGGGGAGCAUUGGUCCGUCAAGUGUCCCUACAAGGGCACCUCCCUCGACAUGGAGAGCAAGGCGAUUGCGGUGGCAACCACCUCUGUGAGUGAACCCGCCAAGCCGGGAAGGUAUGUGCCACCCUACCUCAAGGAGAGCGGCAAGGGACGUGAGAGGGAUGACUCAUCAGCUGUGCGCAUUUCCAACUUGUCCGAGUCGAUGACUGAGGAUGAUCUUGAGGAGUUGGUCAAGAAGAUUGGACCCCAUACAAAGAUGUAUUUGGCAAGGGAGAAAAACUCUGGCUUAUGCAAGGGAUUUGCCUAUGUGCACUUCAAGUAUCGCAAGGACGCAGCUGAGGCCAUUGAAAUCCUCAAUGGACAUGGCUAUGAUCAUUUGAUUCUAAGCGUUGAAUGGUCAAAGCCACAAAACUAAAUACAGUUAAUCCCCCACUCCAAGUGCUUCAUCUUAAUGUGAAAAACGCAAAAAAGGAGCAACUAAAAUGUUACAAAGAAGAGAUUUAAAAAGUUGAAAUAAAGCCGUUAAUGCCUUGUUUUAAA